AUGAGCGUUGAACCUGUAGUGUUUUUUGAUAUUGGGAUCGGUGGUAAUUAUACUGGAAGAGUCAAAUUUCGAUUGUUUUCAAAUACCGUACCCAAAACAGCUGAAAACUUCAGACAAUUUUGUACUGGAGAAGCAAAAGGCCCAAAUCGAAAUCCAAUUGGAUAUAAAAAUGCAAGCUUUCACAGGAUAAUCCCGGAUUUCAUGAUCCAAGGAGGCGACUUUGUUAGUGGUGAUGGUACAGGCAGCACUAGCAUUUAUGGUACCCGUACAUUCCCUGAUGAGAACUUUGUUUUGAAGCACGAUAAACCCGGUUUGUUAAGUAUGGCCAAUGCCGGCAAAGACUCUAAUGGGUGCCAAUUCUUUAUUACCACUGUCCCAUGCGACUUUUUAGAUGGAAAGCACGUUGUUUUUGGUGAAGUAAUUGAAGGAUUUGACAUUGUGAAGCAAAUCGAGUCUACACCGCUUGGUACUAGCUCCCGCCCGAAGAUGAAUGUAGUUAUCAUGGAAUGUGGUGAAAUGUAA